CUCAGGACUCUGUAUGGCUGUGCUCUGCUCUGCUCUAAUCAGGACUUUGUAUGGCUCUGCUCUGAUCUGGAUUCUGUAUGGCUGUGCUCUGCUGAGGACUCCAGUGCAGGGAACUCCUUGCUCCUCAUGCUGUCAUUCACAUUGGUGUUGUCAGCAGGCAGCCAAUGAGCGUUGAGGGCGGAAGAGCCCAGCUCCUCUCUCUCUCUCAGGCCUCCUGGCUGUGUGAUUGAUGUCCCAGUUUGCACAGCGAGCUCUAACCAAAUGUAAAAAGCACCGUCCACUUUAGCUCUUCCUUUUUGCUCUUUUUAUCCAGCCUCAGGAAUUGGAGACAAUUGAAGCGAGACAAAGCGGCCUUUUUCUAAUCUGAUAAGUGAUCAGAGGUCUGGGCUGGAGCCCCAGUCGUGGUGGUGUGGGAAGGAUCUUCUACCAGCAUGGAUCACAUAGGGGCUCAUCAUCACCUCCACCAGAGCCAUGCAGAGCCCAUCAGCUUUGGGAUUGACCAGAUCCUCAACAAUCCAGACCAGGGGAGUUGUAUGAUCUCCGGCAGCAGGCUGCAGGAUUCAGACUAUGGCUUGGGAUGCAUUGUAAGCAGUGCCUACAACACCAUGACCGGCAACUACAGCAAUAACAGCACCGGGGGAUACAACAACAGUGCUUGCAGCAUGGCCUCCCUCACUGGCUCUUAUAAUAUGAACAUGGGCAUGAAUAUGAAUGGCAACAAUCUCAACUCUGCUGGGGUUAUUCGGGUUCCUGCUCACAGACCUUUAUCUAGUGUGCAUCAGCCUAUUUCCACUGGAAUGCCAACUGUGCCCAGUAUGGGGGCAAUGAACAAUAUGAACAACCUCACAGGACUAACCUUCCCCUGGAUGGAGAGUAAUAGGAGGUACACUAAGGACAGGUUCACAGUGGCCCUCUCACCCUUCACUGUAACACGCCGUAUAGGUCACCCAUACCAGAACAGGACGCCCCCCAAGAAGAAGAAGCCCCGCACAUCGUUCACCAGACUACAGAUCUGCGAGCUGGAGAAGAGGUUCCACCGACAGAAGUACCUGGCAUCGGCCGAGAGGGCAGCCCUGGCCAAAGCACUUAAAAUGACAGACGCCCAGGUGAAAACCUGGUUUCAAAACAGAAGGACUAAAUGGAGAAGACAGACAGCAGAAGAGAGGGAGGCGGAGAGACAACAAGCAAACCGGAUAUUAAUGCAACUUCAACAAGAAGCCUUUCAGAAGUCUAUAAACCAACCACUCCAGCCAGACCCCAUCUGUGUUCACAACUCUUCCCUCUUUGCCCUGCAGAACCUUCAGCCUUGGUCAGAUGACACUUCCAAAAUUACCAGCGUCACCUCUGUGGCCUCUGCUUGUGAAUGACCAAGGCUUACCAAUAGGAAAUUUCAGGGGGACAACAGACUGGCCAAAAUGUAUUAUUGAACUUUAAUUUCAGAGAUUCAUAUAAAAACCACAAGACACGGCUUGUCAAAGCAAUUCCAACUCCCAGCCUUCAAAGUCACCACCUAGUCAUAUAAAAGUUCACUCCCCAGUUGGAUCCGGACUCUAUUGUGCUGUACAAUGGUGACUUAUCUCUCAGCAGUAAUCCUCAUUCAUGGUUGCCAUGCCUAACACCGAGUUAAGAGGUGAUGAUAACUCAAAGGAGUCUUCCUCCCUGACACCCAGGGGAGAAUCACAUAUAUACAGUAUGUUUUAUAAAAGUUAAUUGGUUACUAGUAAAAUAUCCAUGUCUA